AUCCCAGCACCUAAGCACACCUACCUCUUAUACGGUCAGACACUUCAACUUUCGCAAGUUCUCAUCAAUGGCGGAUACAGAAGCAACUGACGACAAACCAAAAUCACCAGAAGAAGAAGAUGAAGAUUACAUGGGAGAUCUCUCAAAGUUCAUUAUAACCGAACCUUCUCAACCUCCCAAACCCAAAAAACUCGCCCCCAAAACCCUAUCCAAUUCAUCACAGCCACCCUCAAAGAAGAAACCCAAAUUCCAAACAUGGCAACAUCAAAAAGAGCGAAAACAACUAGAAGAAGAUGAACAAACCCUAGAAAAUCUACAAUCAGCAAUUCCUCAAUCAAAUAUUGGGUUCAAAUUGCUGAAAAAAAUGGGGUAUACCCCAGGAAAAGGGCUAGGAAAGGAGGGAUCAGUGGGUCGAGAGGAGCCAAUUGGGUUGGAGAUACGCCGGUCGAGGUCGGGAAUUGGGCGGGAGGAUCCGGCGAAGGAGAGGGUGAAGAGAGAGAAAGAUAGGGAAGUGUGGAAGAAGAAGACGGAAGAGGUUAUGUUGGAGGAUUUCGGGGUUCGACAAAAAAUGCAAUGGAAGAGUAAGAGGGUUGUGAUUAACUAUAAUAAGGCGAAGGCGGCGCUUGAUCAGUUGGAGAAUCGAGAGCCGGCGGUUGAGCUGGAGAAGGAGGAAGAUGAUGAUGGGGAAGAUGAGGAGGAGGAAGAGGAAGUGAUUACUGAAGAGGAUUUGCUAGUGUUAUUGGAGAAGCUUAGAGAAGAACAUUACUAUUGCCUCUUUUGUGGAUGUCAGUAUGAAUCCAUGGAAGCUCUCCUCUCCAACUGCCCUGGACUAAACGAAGAUGACCAUUGAAGUGAUUUCUUGACAGUGUAGAGGGGCUAAUUGCUGAUUAUGGGAAUGUUCAUUCAUAUCUUCUGUAAGACUGGGCAAUUAUGAAAUUAUUGAAGACCCACUUCAUUAGAUUGGGUUUGCUUAAAUUAUGGGAUGUCGUAUCAAUGUCCUUGCUUAUGGGAGAGGGUACACCUCCUUGCUUUGGUUUAGGUGGUGAAACAGAGCAUGGGUGAUGGUGAUAUGGUUGACAUUUUGGCCAGACUGGAAUGGGUGCCGGACUGACAUUGUUGCCAGACUGGACGGGGUGCCGGGUUGCAAUACGUGUAGGCAUAUAACCCACGUCGGAUGUCUCCAUUGUUGAAAAUUUGGUAGUGAGUUGGCUAUUGAUGCAUACUCUCAUUGUAUUGCUUGUAACUAGGGAUGACUGUAUCGUGCCUAUUAGCAGCCUCUCUGCAAGUUUCACUGUAGCUGUGCAGCUGUGCACUGGGGUUGAAUAUUGAUUAUGUUAACGUUGUAAACUGACACUUCCAUGUGCAUUUUAGAAAACCACUUUUAACUUGUGAUUUACAGACCAGAGUUACUAAUAUAUUGAAAUAGCUGUUGUUGAC